CAACACCGGAUUCCGUACACCUCUACGGCCCUAAAACCCAAUCCCAUCUCCAUUCUCAUCAGUCGCCGCUGCUGCUUCCAAAAAAAGCACAACAGUAAGGAAAAAAGGAAGAGAAAAAUCCCUAUUUCAAAAUGGCGGACGUGGUACAGUACCGCCUGGAGCGCAUGUUAGACGAGCUCGAUGACCUGGAACGGAAGGGGCUCUUCACCCGCCGAGAGAUCGCAGAGAUCGUCAAGAAGCGCCGCGGAUUCGAGUACAAGCUCAAGCGCCCUUCUCCUCUCAAGCAAGACUACAUCUCCUACAUCGACUACGAGUCGCAGCUCGACUCCCUCCGCCGACUACGCAAGAAAUCCAUCGUCCGUGAAUUGAAGAAACAGCAGCAGACCAGUGACAUUGAAGAUGACAGCAAGACAAUGAAGAAGAAGAAGGUCUGGAGGAGAUCGGUAUCCGAUUCUGCUGGGGUUUUGAGGAUUCUGGAGAUUUAUCGGCAGGCGGUUUUGAGGUAUAAGGGCGAUAUCGAUCUAUGGUUUCGGUAUCUGGAAUUCUGUCGAGAACACGGGCAUGGUCGGAUGAAGCAGGUGUUGGCUCAGGCAAUUCGGUUUCACCCAAAGGUGCCUGGCCUUUGGAUUUAUGCUGCAGCUUGGGAGUUUGAUCACAACUUAAAUGUUGCUGCUGCACGCGCUCUCAUGCAGAGCGGUUUGAGGGCUUGCCCAGAUUCAGAGGAUCUUUGGGUAGAAUAUCUAAGGAUGGAGCUCACAUACCUUAACAAGUUGAAGGCUCGAAAGGCUGCUCUUGGAGAAGAUGUGGGAACACUUGCUCGCAAUAGUGAAGAUGCUGACAACAAACAGUGGAAAGAUGAAAACAAGGAUUUAUUUAUGCCCUUGAAUGAAGGGGGAGAGAUUGCAGAUGGAGAUGAUGUUAGAGAAGACGAUGAGGAGAAGAAAGUUGACACCUUUCGGGAACAGGGUUCAGUUGUUCUUCGGACUAUCUACAGUGGAGCAGUAGAAGCUCUUCCCUCAAGCUUGAGCUUGCGUAAGCAGUUUCUGGAGAUCCUCAAUGGGACAGACUUGGCAUAUUCGGAUGAAUUGAAGGCAGAGAUAAUGAAUGAUAUAGAGAAGGAUUUCUCGAAAGAGGAGGAUUACUGGGACUGGCUCGCGAGACUUCAAAUCUCUGAUCUUAAAAAGGGGAUGGACAUGACAAAAGAAACCAUGCUUUGCCAGUUAAAUAAAGCAGUUGAGGUUUAUGAGCAAGCCUUGGAAAGUUUGCCUUCUGCCAAGAUGUUUUCCCUGUAUGCAAGGUUUUGGUCAGACAUUAUUGCUCCUGAAAGAGAAGAUUCCCACAAUUCCAGGUUCAAUAUUUUGGAACAUGGUGUAGACUUCACAUCAAAUCUGUUGCGAGUAUAUGAAAAUGCUGAAUCCAGAGGAUGCAUGACUGAGGAUCUUGCUCACCAAAAUAUUUUGUUUUACUUGCAAUUAGAGAAAAUAGAGGAAGCCAGAGAACUAGCCAAAAAGCUCUGUGAUGGAAAACUUUCAGGGGCGGCAAAAUUGUGGUCUUUAAGGGCUUCAAUAGAGAUGAAAUGGGUGACAAGGAAAUCUGCUUUCAUGAGUAAGGAUGACCUCCAGUCUGUCUUUGAACUAUUAAGAUGCGCAUUGACUAAUGUAUCUGUUUCAGAAGCUGAAAGCUUGUGGCUUAUGGCCAUUAAAUUCUUUGCAAAUAAAAAAGAGUAUUUUGACAAGCUGGUGCAGAGUUUUCUGCUUUUAAUGGCCAAAGGUGGUGGCUCUGAAGUCCAGGUUUCUCUUUCUUCUGCCAUUUUGAACUGGAUUUUUCAGAAAGAUGGUAUAAAGCAUGCUAGAGAAAUGUAUAGACGGUUUCUAGCUUUACCUCAUCCAAACCUUGAAAGUUAUAGGCACUGGAUAGAGUUGGAAUUGAACCUUGCAUUCGUUGGUGAUAACGAAGCCCUAGUUAAUGUGCGGAAGUUGUAUGAAUCUGCACUCAGCAUUUUCAAGCACGAUGUAGGAUUAUGGCAAGAUUAUUACUCAAUGGAGAUCAAGGUGGGAACAUCAGAGACCGCUAAUGCGGUAUACUGGCGUGCACGGAAGAGCCUUGGAGAUAGGGCUGGCCUGAUGGUUCCUUGCAGUUUGUGAUGCAUUGAUUAAUCUUAUACCCUUCCAAUUUUGACUGAGCUAACUUUGUUGAUUAAAUUAUUUUUUUUCUAAAAUGGAAGAAUGAGAAAUCAGAGCAAGAAUUGAUGUGGAUGAAGAGUGCUGUACGAUAAAAAGGGAUGGGCUUGGAUGGAAUCAACCACAUCCGUCUUGUAUUUAUCAGGAAAAUUGUAGCUUUUUUGGGAGUAAGUUCAACCCAUCUCCACUUGCCAAGUGGACGAUGAUCCUUUGCGAGUCACAGUGAAUGGGCAUGUUUCGAAUUCAUACUGCCUGUGCAAUCAGAACCAUUCUUUUGUUUGGGAGUAACACUUGGAACAUGUAAUUCACUGCAGGAAAGCUAAUUGAUUGGAUUUAUGUAA